GUCUUGCUCUGUAUAACAUAUACCUCCACAUUUGAGCUGAAUGGGAGUUCAGUGUUGAAGAUUGCUGAGUUGUGUUUUGCAUGUCAUAGAGCUGGAAGUCCCCGAAUGCAUGAAAUGAUCAAAAUGUCCAUUGCACACCUCCUUGAGGCCCUCAGCUCUCGCAUUUUUACUGGUGCUUCUUCAUCAAUGGCUUUUCACAAGGUUUGCAUUGAGACAUAUGUAUCUAGCUGUCACCAGCGGAGCAUUAACACCGCUGUGCGGGCAACCCUCAGCCAAAUGUUGAGUGACUUGACUUUACAGUUACGACAAAAGCAAGAAAAUAUGACAGUUGAAAACCAUGACACCUUGCAGAAAGUCAAGACUCAAGGUACUUCCACUGAGGCUCUUUGUGAUGAUGUUGUAUCUGUCCUCACUGUGCUCUGUGAGAAACUCCAGGCUGUCAUAAAUGACAAUCGUCAACUUCAGCUUCUUUACUUGGAGUGCAUCCUCUCCAUGUUAAACAGCUCCUCUCCCAGCAUGCACCAGCACAAAGGAUUCACUGAUCUAAUAUGGAAGCAACUGUGUCCAGCCCUAGUAGUAAUCCUGGGAAAUCCAAUCCAUGACAAAACUAUCACCUCUGCCCACAGCAGCAUCUGCCUUGAGGCUGAUUCACCUUCCUCAGGGAUCUCUGAUCAUGGCCGGGGUUCAGGUUGUUCCUCCACAGCACCUGCUCUUAGUGGGCCAGUUGCACGGACCAUAUAUUAUAUUGCAGCAGAACUGGUUCGACUGGUGGGAUCAGUGGAAUCCAUGAAGCCUGUGCUGCAGUCUCUCUAUCACCGUAUGUUGCUUUACCCACCACCUCAGCACCGGGUAGAAGCCAUCAAAAUUAUGAAAGAGAUACUUGGCAGUCCUCGACGGCUUUGUGAUUUGGCAGGGCCUUGCUCUUCUGAGUCAGAAUCCAGGAAGAGGUCUAUUUCUAAAAGGAAAUCCCAUCUGGAUCUUCUGAAGCUUAUCAUGGAUGGGAUGACAGAAGCAUGUAUCAAAGGUGGUAUUGAAGCAUGUUAUGCUUCAGUGUCCUGCGUCUUUGCCCUGCUUGGAGCAUUAGAUGAGCUGAGCCAAGGGAGGGGUCUUAGUGAAGAGCAGAUCCAGCUGCUGCUGCGGCGCUUAGAAGAAUUGAAGGAUGGGACCGAGACGAGCAGGGACUCCAUGGAGAUCAAUGAUGCUGACUUUAGGUGGCAGAGGCGCAUCCUGUCCUCAGAAAAUCCUGCUUGGGAAUCAGGAAAUGAGAAGAGUCCUGAUAUUAGCAUUAGUGUUACCACAGACACUGGUCAGACCACUUUGGAAGGGGAUAUGGGACAGACAACUCCAGAGGAUAAUCCAGAAAGUCAAAAAAACUCAUUGCCAUCUCCAGCUGGACAUGAAAGCAAAGAGAUUCGUUACAGAGAACCGGAGUCAGAAACCAUUGACCAGCCAGAUGUUGUUCAGAGAAGCCACACCAUAGUCUAUCCAGAUAUAACUAACUUCUUAUCGGUUGAUUGCAAGACCCGGUCCUAUGGAUCCAGAUACAGUGAAAGUAACUUCAGUGUAGAUGAACAGGACCUUUCUAGAACUGAGUUUGAUUCGUGCGAUCAGUAUUCCAUGGCAGCAGAGAAGGAUUCAGGCAGGUCAGAUGUCUCAGACAUAGGCUCUGACAAUUGCUCCCUGGCUGACGAGGAGCAGACACCACGGGAUUGUCCAGGUCACAGGUCCUUACGUACUGCUGCUCUCUCUCUGAAAUUGCUGAAAAACCAAGAAGCAGACCAGCACAGUGCGCGGCUGUUUAUCCAGUCACUUGAAGCUCUUCUUCCUCGGCUUGUGGCUCUUCCCAGCAUAGAGGAGGUGGAUGGAGCACUGCAGAGCUUCUCUUCAACCUUCUGCUCAGUUACUCACCUUAUCCACGCCCCCAAAGUGACGACAGUGGAAAGUCCAAGAAGGCAGCAGCACAGAGCUUUCAAACCCUCACGAGGUAUGAUGCACUCACCAGGAUUUGAGGGAAACCUAAAUUUCAGCUUCCAGACUCUGAUGAAUGGAGACAGUCUCUACGUGGUCUCACAUUACACUUUGCUACUCAACCUAAAAUUGGCCAACUCAGACUACUACAGGAAGAAGCCUGCCCAGGCCCCUGUGUUGCUGAAGGAGUUCAUGAAGCAGGUCCAGUCCAGUGGAGUGUUGAUGGUAUUUUCCCAGGCCUGGGUUGAAGAACUGUACCACCAGGUACUAGAAAGGAAUAUGCUGGGGGAAGCUGGAUACUGGGGAAGCCCUGAAGAGCACAGCCUUCCACUUAUCACCAUGCUGACUGACAUCGACGGCUUGGGAAGCAGUGCAAUCGGUGGCCAAUUGAUGGCAUCUGCUUCAGCUCAAUCUCCUCUUGCCCAAAACCGGAAGACAGAUGAUUCUGUUGUUGCAGGAGUUGCUUUUGCCCGAUACCUUUUAAUCGGCUGUUGGAAGAACUUAAUUGACACUUUGUCCACACCACUGACUGGCCGCAUGGCAGGCAGCUCCAAGGGGCUGGCCUUCAUCUUGGGAGCAGAAGGAGCCAAGGAGCAGAACCAAAAGGAGAAGGACUCCAUCUGCGUGAGCCUGGAUGGACUGAGGCGGGCAGCACGGCUGAGCUGUGCUCUAGGAGUUGCUGCUAACUGUGCAUCUGCUCUUGCCCAAAUGGCAGCUGCCUCCUGUGUCCAAGAAGAAAAGGAGGAAAAAGAAAUCCUAGAGCCCAGUGAUACUAUAGCACAAGACUGUAUACCUUUGCCACCACCCUAUAACAAACCUUUUAAGCAAACAAGUGUUUGUUUAAAAGCUGGAGAAGCUAAUGGUUUGGGUUUUUUUAUUUUUCAUGCUGCAGUGAAACAGAAAGUGGAGCAGAAACUGGAGCAGAUGGGGAAAGUGCAGGGAGUCUGCCUGCACACUGCUCAUGUUUUGUGUAUGGAUGCAGUCCUUAACGUGGGCCUGGAGAUGGGAAGCCACAAUCAGGACUGUUGGCCUCAUGUGUUCAGGGUGUGUGAGUACAUCAGCACGCUGGAGCACACCCACUUCAGUGAUGGUGCUUCCCAGCCCUCCCUCACCAUCACCCAGUCACAGCAGGCACAUGCAGGGCUGCACCCAGACUCUGAGCCUGGGGAGUCUCCCCAGGCACUGACACCUGAGCAGGAGACCACCCUGAGCAGCAAUCCUGUCAUUCAGCCAGUUUCUAUCCAGGAACUCAUCAAGGAGAGCAGUAAGGGCAGAGCUUUUGACUUCCGUGGAGGCAGCCUGCUGUGUGGGACCAGUGCUGCCAAGGCUGUUCUCACGCUCUCCACGCAAGCAGACAGGCUCUUUGAAGAUGCUGCUGACAAGUUAAACUUGACGGCAUUGGCAGGCUUCCUUUACCAGCUCAAGAAGGCUUCUCAGGCCCAACUUUUCCAUUCAGUCACAGAUACAGUUGAUUACUCCCUAGCAAUGCCAGGUGAAGUGAAAUCUAUCCAGGACAGGAGAAGUGCACUUCACUUGUUCCGACUUGGUGAUGCCAUGCUCAGAAUUGUAAGGAGUAAAUCUCGCCCAUUGCUCCAUCUCAUGCGCUGCUGGAGCCUGGUGGCACCUCACCUUGUGGAGGCUGCCUGUCAUAAGGAGAGACACGUGUCUCGGAAGGCUGUCUCCUUCAUCCAUGACAUCCUCACUGAAGUGCUGAUGGACUGGAAUGAGCCUUCUCAUUUUCACUUUAAUGAGGCACUUUUCCGCCCCUUUGAGCGUAUCAUGCAGCUGGAGCUGUGUGAUGAGGAUGUCCAAGACCAGGUGGUCACCUCUAUAGGAGAGUUGGUGGAAAUGUGUUCUACCCAGAUCCAGUCAGGAUGGAGACCCUUGUUCAGUGCCCUGGAAACAGUGCACAGCAGCAGCAAGUCGGAGGUUAAAGAGUACCUUGUAGGAGAAUACUCUAUGGGGAAACGCCAGGCUCCUGUGUUUGAUGUCUUUGAAGCAUUUCUAAACACUGACAGCAUCCAGGUCUUUGCCAAUGCCGCCACCAGUUAUAUUAUGUGCCUUAUGAAGUUUGUCAAAGGACUGGGGGAAGUAGAUUGUAAGGAGAUGGGUGACUGUGUGCCAGGAUCAGGAUCUGCAUCUACAGACUUGUGCCUUCCCGCGCUUGAUUAUCUCAGGAGAUGUUCUCAGUUGUUAGCCAAAAUCUAUAAAAUGCCCUUAAAGCCCAUCUUCCUCAGUGGCCGUCUGGUUAACUUGCCCCGAAGAGUGCAGGAACAGUCAGCCAGCAGUGAGGAUGGUGUUGAGUGCAUCCUUUCUGACUUUGAUGACAACACUGGCCUCAUCAACGUCUGGAUUAUACUGCUGGAAGAAUUAACAACUGCCAUAUCCAACUGUCCCCGCCAGCACCAGCCUCCUACUUUGGAUCUGCUCUUUGAAUUGCUGAGGGAUGUUGCCAAGACACCUGGCCCAGGAUUUGGCAUUUAUGCAGUUGUACAUCUUCUUCUUCCCACGAUGUCUCUUUGGCUCCAUCGCAGCCAUGGUGACCAUUCCUACUGGGAUGUGGCAUCUGCAAAUUUCAAGCAUGCCAUUGGCCUUUCCUGUGAACUUGUAGUGGAGCACAUUCAAAAUUUCAUACACUCAGAUAUUGGUUAUGAAAAUAUGAUCAAUGCUAUGCUGAAAGAUCUUUUCAAAUUGUUAGUAGCCUGUGUAGCAGAACCAACAGAAAUUAUUUCCAGAGUUGGCUGCUCUUGUAUCAGGUAUGUGUUAGUGACAGCAGGGCCUGUUUUUACUGAAGAGAUGUGGAGGCUUGCCUGUUGUGCCUUGCAGGAUGCAUUCUCUGCCACUCUGGAACCAGUAAAGAACCUAUUGGGCUAUUUCCACAGUGGUUCUGAAAGCUUUAGUGGAGAUGCCUGUGAAGUGAAGGUGGCAGCCCCCUCCCUCUCGCCAAGUGCCGAAGCUGAAUACUGGAGAAUCAGAGCCAUGGCUCAACAGGUCUUCAUGCUGGAGACUCAGUGCUCCCCAAAGACUCCCAGCAACAAGGAAGGGUUUGAACAUGCCCAGUCGUGCGUGCUCAUCAUUGACCUGCCACCAGAUAAGAAACCAAAUGGGCAUACGCAGAGAAGGAAGCUGGGUAUUCCUUUCAGGACAAUAGUGGUGAGCUUGCUGUCCCACCAAGUACUGCUCCAGAAUUUAUAUGACAUCUUACUGGAAGAAUUUGUGAAAGGCCCUUCUAACUUGGAGGAGAAAACAGCAGUACAAGUACCAGAAAACAAAUUGGCUGGUUUUCUCAGGUACAUCUCCAUGCAAAACCUAGCCAUCAUCUUUGACUUACUGCUGGACUCCUACAGAACAGCCAGGGAGUUUGACACCAGACCUGGGUUGAAGUGUUUGCUGAAAAAAGUGUCUGGCAUUAGUGGAGCUGCCAACUUGUAUCGCCAGUCAGCAAUGAGCUUCAACAUCUACUUCCAUGCUUUGGUUUGUGCAAUCCUGACAAACCAGGAGAACAUCACUGCAGAGCAAGUGAAAAAGAUCCUCUUUGAAGAUGAUGAGAGAAGCACAGACUCAUCACAGCAGUGUUCUUCAGAAGAUGAAGACAUUUUUGAAGAAACUGCCCAGGUCAGUCCCCCACGAGGGAAGGAGAAGAGACAGUGGAGGGCUCGAAUACCAUCUCUCAGUGUACAGCCUGUCAGCAAUGCAGACUGGGGAUGGCUAAUCAAGCGGCUUCAUAAGCUCUGUAUGGAGCUGUGCAACAACUAUAUCCAGAUGCAUCUGGACCUGGAGAAUAAUGUAGAGGAGCCUCCAGCGUUCAAAGGUGACCCUUUCUUCAUUUUACCAUCCUUUCACUCAGAAACCUCCACCCCAUCAACCGGAGGGCAAUCUGGGAAGGGCACACCAUCAGAAGAUGACCGGAGUCAAAUCAGGGACCAGCUGGGAGACAGCCUGACGCCCCGAGGAGGGAGUGGAGAAGUGUUGCUGCUACCCCCACCCCUAAGUCCUAAACUAGAGAAAAAAGAGCAAACCAGGAAGAAAGAAUGGUGGGAGAGUGCUGGUAACAAGAUCUACACCAUAGCCACUGACAAAACUAUCUCCAAGCUCAUGACAGAAUACAAGAAGAGAAAGCAGCAGCAGGCCAUGACAUCCUUCACCAAAGAGGUCAAAGUGGAAAAGAAAGGGGAGCUCCUGGGUUCAAGAGGGCCAGACUCACCUAUACUCCAGCGGCCGCAACAUCUUAUAGAUCAAGGUCAAAUGAGGCAUUCUUUCAGUGCUGGUCCAGAGAUCCUGAGACAAGAGAAGAGACCACGCUCAGGAUCCACAGUCAGCUCCCUGAAUAUAUCUGUUAGGGAUGCGGAGGCUCAGAUACAGGCAUGGACCAACAUGGUGCUGACAGUUCUCAACCAGAUUCAGGCCCUGCCAGACCAAACUUUCACAGCCCUGCAGCCAGCGGUGUUCCCCUGUAUCAGCCAGCUGACUUGCCACGUGACAGAUAUCCGUGUCCGCCAGGCAGUACGGGAAUGGCUGGGAAGAGUGGGCCGAGUUUAUGAUAUCAUCAUUUAA